CUUACGUCAUUUCCUGACAGAGGACGCUCAGAGGAGCGAGCCGCCACUCUUCACUCAGUCUCUGUAGUAGCGUCCACGGAAGAGGUACGCCGAGGAGGAAAAGAGCAAACAAACGCUGCUUGGCUCAUCUUACACAGCUGGAUUUAUUUGUUUAUUUAUUUACUUUUUUUUUUACUCCUGUGAGUUUAUCAUCGUUUUGGAAGUAAAACCGCGGCCGGAGCGGGAUUUUAUUAGACUAACUCUCUAAAAGCACGGAAAUAACUUUUUAUUUGCAGUGUGGAGGAAAUGUUUAGUUGAACUGGUUGUGCAGCAAGGCGACGACAUAAUUUUCAGCUCCGGUGUUGUGUGUUGUGCCCCGGAGUGAAGCUGAGGCUGUGAGGCGGACACCAGAGAAGCGGUGGCUCGGCAGCCACCUGACCCUCCCUGGAAAAUAAGACGCCAGCUAAUGACAUGCAGGCUGAGAGCCUUACGUGGCGCAUUAAGCUCCCUGACAAAGCGCGGCGAGUUUUCCACGAGGCUUUAGUUGACGCACAGUUUCGCACGUAAAGUUUCUCUUAGUAAUAUAACGUGUGGUAACUACAUAUUAAUUUGUGUGAGCUGAAAAUUUGAUUUAAUUUGACUUAUUUUGUUUCUUUAUCGAUUUUUUUUAUUUAUAAGUAACAGUUCUUCUAUCAGAGCUGGACGUCAUGGAUGUAACAGGAGCGCGACUUCCACGGCGGUCGUGAUGCCAAGUCCCGGUGUGAUCCAGCACCACCAGCCUGUAAUGCGCGCUCUGUAACCCGCAGCAGUGUGGCGCCGCGUCCCGGUCACACCACCAGGAUGAGCAGCACUGACCUGGAGCGCAUGUCGCUCAGCUCCUCAGCGAACUCGGUGGCUUCCAGCGCGCGGACUCUCUCGGCCAACGUGCGGAAGCUCCACAACGCGCUCAACCUUCUGCUCAACGACUUCGAGAGGGAGCAGUUCAUCCACUGCCUCAACGUCUACCACUCCAAACGCAACGUGUAUGACCUGGUUCAGACCCUCAACGUCAUCCUCAACGCUCCUAGCAAGCGGCAACUUCUCCCCAUGCUGCGCCUUGUUAUUCCCCGCUCCGACCAGCUCCUCUUCGAGCAGUACACUUCGGAGGGUCUUUAUUUAAAGUCGGAUUUAGUUGCAAAUAAUGGCACCGCCGAGCCGCCGCCGGGGGACUACCCCAGCGCCAGCCCGACUCCCCCCGGGCAUUUCUCGCCGAACAACCCGCCUGAGUUUCAGGUUGCGCUGCGAGGCUCGCCGGACAGCUUCAGCACCAGCAGCGACGGGACAGCUCCCCUGGUGCCUCUGCUCGGGAGGAACUUUAUCCACGAGCCCCCGGGCGAGCUGCGGCAGGUCACCAUGAAGCGACACAAGAGCAACGAGGGCCUGGGGUUCAGCAUUCGCGGUGGCUCGGAGCACGGGGUUGGCAUCUAUGUAUCUCUGGUGGAGCCGGGGAGCCUAGCGGAGAAGCAGGGUCUCCGGAUCGGGGACCAGAUCAUGAAAGUCAACGACAAAGUCUUCGAUAAAGUCACCCACGCAGAAGCAGUGAAGGUGCUGAAGGGCAGUAAAAAGCUUUGCCUCUCGGUACGAUCAGUCGGGAGGAUUCCAGGCGGUUAUGUCACCAACCAUGUUUAUACCUGGGUGGACCCCCAGGGUCGCAGCGUGUCCCCUCCUCCUGAUCUGCCUGAGCAUCGGAGCGCAACCUUGAGGAGAACUGACAGCCAGCGACGCAGCAAUAUGCAACUUCUACAGGAGGGCGAUGAAAAGAAGGUCAACCUGGUUUUGGAUGACGGCCGGUCUCUGGGUCUGAUGAUCCGAGGGGGAGCAGAGUAUGCACUGGGUAUCUACAUCACUGGAGUUGACAAAGGAUCAGCAGCAGAGUGUGGAGGACUUAAGGUUGGUGAUCAGAUCUUGGAGGUGAAUGGUCAGAGCUUCCUGAGCAUCCCGCACGACGAGGCCGUCAGGGUCCUAAAGUCGUCACAGCACUUGAUGAUGACGGUGAAAGACGUGGGCCGCCUGCCACAUGCCAGAACAGUGGUAGGGGAGACCAAGUGGAUAGCUAGCUCACAAAUUGGGGAGAGCUCCGCCAACAGCAGCAUGGCAAGCUUCUCUGUGGAACAAGGAGCCUCUGCAGCAGGAAAGCCGGGGUUUUAUAAGGGUGUGGCGGGCUCACAAGUGACCCUGUCCAGUCUGGUCAACCAGUCGCGUGCCAUGCUGGAGGAGCAGGCGCGUCACCUGCUGACGGAGGCGGAGCGACAGACCAUGGGCUACUACGUGGAGGAGUACCGGGACGGACACAUCGGUGUGGAGCAGCUGGUCAUGGCUCUAUUUGAGCUUCUAAACACACACGCAAAGUUUUCUCUGCUAUCAGAGGUUCGAGGUCUGGUCACUCCGCAGGACCUGGAGCGCUUCGACGGGCUGGUGCUUCGACGUGAAAUUCAGGCUCUGAAAGCGCGACAGGGGGCGGCUGGAGCAGCAGCCAUGCAGGCAGAUUCCCUGUCCAUGGUGUCAUAUCCAGACACACUAACAUCAUCUUCAGCCAGCUUCAUGACCAACACCACCCUCAGCUCUGCGCGGGAGAGGCUGCUCUGGCUGAUAGAUAUGAUGGAGAAUGACAGCGUGGCGGAGAGCAACGAGGAGGAUCCUCCAGAGAGCCUGAACACGCUGCUGACUGACAUCUCUCUGGAUGAUGUUCAGUCCACCACAGCUGAGUCCCCCCCUUCCUUCAAGCCUCCUCCCCCUCCGGGGGCGCAGAAGCGUCCAAGUAGACGAGACCUUCUCAACAAGUGCCCCUCAUCCGAAUCCUCCCACUCAGGCUUGUACUUCACAGCCCCACCCUCUCACAGUCACAGCAAAGAGCCGGGACACGCCCCUGCUUCACCCUCAUUACACCACAAACGCCCAAAAGACCCGUCUCGGGACUACACUGCCAUCAUAAAGAAAGAAACCUCAGCACCACCCAAGAAAGACAAAAUCACAUCCGCUCAGUUGGCCACAGUCACACAGCAUAACAUCGGCCCCUUCCCGAGGGUACAGUCCCCCGGCAGAGGCACCAAAACUCCUGUCCGGUCCCCUUCACCCCCACCGCCACCACCACUCCCUGCUCCACCCCUACCUCCUUCUUUUCCCAUUAAACCAGUGUCCAUGUCCAAACCCAUCCCAGCUUCCUCUCCAGCAACCAAACAGCAGUUUGUUAUGGUGGAAGUUCACAGACCCAACGCAGAACCCGACGUCAAUGAGGUGCGGCCCCUGCCACAAGCCCGAGGUGGUGCCCUGUCUCAGCUGUCAGACAGCGGGCAAACCCUCAGUGAGGACAGCGGCGUGGACAUAGCUGAGACAGGACACGUCAGCAAAAACAGUAGUCCUCAUUCCUCACGCACACGCCACCCCCGAGACAACCAGGGGGGCGGAGGGGACAACCCCUCCAAACCGCCGGGACUGUUGGAGCCCACCUCCACUUUAGUGAGGGUGCCAAAGAGUGCCAGCACCCUCGGCAUAGCCAUUGAGGGCGGAGCCAACACUCGCCAGCCGCUGCCACGAAUCGUCACAAUACAGAGAGGUGGCUCAGCUCAUAACUGUGGGCAGCUGAAGGUGGGUCAGGUCAUCCUGGAGGUAAAUGGGGUUUCCUUGAGGGGCCGCGAACACAGGGACGCAGCACGCCUCAUUGCUGAGGCCUUCAAGACCAAAGAGAGAGACUACGUGGACUUCCUGGUGACUGAGUUCAAUGUGGCUCUAUAGCUGAGAGCAGGAGGAGAGAGUAUGAUGGCAAGAGUAGCAACCUGGCAGGAAUUCAACAGAAAGAUGACAGAGACAUCCAAGCAUCUAUUGAUUAAAUGGCACAACUGUUAGAUAAACCGAAACAAACAAAACAAACCACCAUCUGAUCUCUGAGCCCUUCUUCUCUCACAUAAAGGACCUUGUCACUGAACACACGAUACUCUAAUUUACAUGGCAUUACUUUCACCCUGGACAUUCUCCAGGAAUUUCCUCAACGUGUUACCUCCCCACUGUGAAACUUUAUGCAGUACAGUGAAAACUAGUGAAUCUCUACCUUUUGUUUGAUCUGUGUUAAAACUUCUGGACUGAAAUCCAGUGGAUCCUAUCAUAGCACUGUCACAUACCCUGUUUAUCUUUUCUUAUUUCUUGCUUCUGUCAAAGACACAACUGUACAGCGGAGACUGAUUAAUGCUUGACUUUACAAGUUUGGAUUUAUACCAUAUGUAAAAAUGGACAAAUGUAGAUACAGACAGAUAUAUAUAUAUAUAUAUAUAUAUAUGGUACACAUAAAAAAAUACUCAUGAAUAAAAAAAAACUGUAAACACUGUUGAG